AUGAAUUUUAUUCUUGCGGUAUUUGCAAUAAUUCUUUUGCAAGCCGUCCGGGGUGAAAUAGACAAUGCAAUUGUUGGCGAUCCCUCUGUAGAAUGUGGAGAUGAUUUUUUUGAGGUAAACAUUUAUCAUUCAUGCUCUUGUGUUGGAAACUUCAUUAUUAAGGUAAAAUUCGAUACUCGAACAACUUUCCACGGGCUGGCUUUUGUGCAAAACCAUUUGGAUAACCCUGAUUGUCGAAGUUUUGCAUCGAAAACUGAUUCUGCAAAAAACAGUAGCUUACGGCUGACAUUCGAUCAGUGCGCAAUUGAAAAAAGACAUUCGACAUCGCCUCGCGGUCUCUUUCUCUCAACAAAUGUAGUCGUGGCCUUCAAUCCAGAAUUCCUUACAAAAAACGAUCGCGUGUUCAAGGUGCAAUGUUUUUACAUGGAAAUGGAGCGUCGAAUUCAAAAAGUGAUUCAGAUUUCUAUGCCUCCACCUACAAUGCACUCAAAGCAGCUUAACAUGCCAGUCUGUAAAUAUGAGGUGUUGGAUGGAUCGCCAACUGGCCCACCUGUUUAUUUUGCAACUGUCGGUCAGAUGGUAUAUCACAAAUGGACAUGCGACACGGAGCACGAAAACACGUUCUGUAUGCUUGUUCACUCGUGUUUCGUUGAUGAUGGAAACGGUCAAAGAGUACAGCUUUUAAACGACAAAGGAUGCGCUCUCGACAAAUACCUCCUCACAAAUCUUGAGUAUCCCACAGACCUGAUGGCGGGAAGGGAAGCCCACGUAUACAAAUAUGCCGAUAGAGAUAACAUGUAUUUUGAUUGUCAAAUUUCGAUCACAGUCAAAGAGCCUGGUCUUGACUAUUGUGAUGUGCCAUCAUGCCCAGAUCCACCGAGAAGAAGAAGAUCCAACACACUACCAGCUCCCGACGAUAAUAUUACUGCAAUAGCUGCUCAUAUUGAAUAUGAAGACUCUGAGAUAAUAAGCGAUUACAUCAUCCCCAACGAUGACAUCAUCUCGCUGAAUUGGUUGCAAAGGAAUUUUGAUAUGAGAAUUAGCGAACUUUGCAUGACAGCUAUUGGGACAACACUUCUCGUUUUCCUCAACGCGUUCUUGUUUAUAAUCUCCUUGGUUUCUAUCGUGCAUGUGUGCUGUUUUCGAACGUCCCCAAAACUUGAGAAGACCAAGUCAACAAUGUUAUAAUUUCCGUUAUAAUCACUUAUUUUAUUUAUUCACACUAUUCUACGUUUAAUAACUUCUAAUAUAAGUGCAAUGCUACUUCUUUGAGACUCAUCUUUGAGUCUUUGAGACUCGCUUCGUUUACUGUAUUAUUUUUAGAUAAAUCUUUGGUUUAUUUUA